AUGUCUCUUGAUCCAGUCGUCAGGUUGACUCGAUAUUCGUAUGAGUUAUUAAUGUUUACAGCGCUAUUCAGUCUGCAGGCAGCGGCCACGAAUGCUAUCAAGCUUGAGAGCACAUCGCUGUGCGACCAGAGCCACAUCCUCGGCAUCACAAUUGAUGGCUCAGUCCACACCUCUUGGAGCGCGCUCAACUUCAGCUCCGGAGUGGUGCUGGCGAUCUCGCGGCUAGCUAGCAGCAGCAAUGCCACGAGUCUUUCCGGCAUCACCCUGUGCAUCAACACACGACGACCGUGUUCUUCUUGGAACGACUUGUGCUUUAACGCGGUGACGAAGGCCUGCCAGUACGCCUUCGCUGUCGGCGCCAGCACCAGCGGCGGCGCAGCUGCGUCGUGCCCUGUCUGCGGCUUGUCGCUGCCCUCGCCGCCACCAGCCCAGCCGGACACGCCACUAUCGCCGUCAUUGACGCUGCUGCGUCUGACGCGAGCCGCCAGGCCGCCACCGUCGCCACGGAAGCCUUCGAAACCGCCGCCGCCGGCCAAACUUCUGCAGGCACCUAAGGCUCAGCCGUCGCCGUCGCCGCCACACACGCCGUCGCCGUCGCCGCCACCGCCGAGGCCCAGGAGGUCUCCGCCGCCGCCGCCGUCAAACGAACCGGCUAUGCCACCGUCGCCGCCAAAGCCUCCAAGGCCGCCUCGGCUGCCACCGCAGCCGUCGCUGCCGCCGCGGCCGCCGCAGCCGCCGCCGCCGUCACCGCCGCCGCCACCCGUGUGCCAGACUGAUAUUUACUUGCACGCGAUCCCUCCCCUAAAUGUUCGUGCCUCCUUCAAAUUCGAUGCCGCGGCCUGCGAGCGCUUGGCGGCACUCAUCUCGUCCAGCAUCACGGCAGCGGCGGCGGAGGCCGGCGCCGUCGUUGCAGAGCCGUUCCGCCUGUCUCAUUGUGCAAACAGGUCAAUUUUGGUUAACGGUGUGUUUCGUACAAGUGCCGACAGCGCCUUAUUAAGCAGCGUGAUUGAGGGGCCUAACGGUCUGCCGGCCUGGGUCUCCUACGUCGCGAACGGCGGUGGUAGCGGCGCCAGCUGCUUCAGUAAUCUGUACGGCUAUACAAUAUUGGGCACAGUGGGCAGUACGACAGGCAGCAGCGGCAGCAGCGGCUGCCUCCAAGGUCAGGUGGACAUGGAAUGCGCUGCGCCGCCGCCGCCACCCAAGCCCCCAGCGCCGCCAGGGCCUCCAGUGCCACCGCCGCUGCCGUUGUCACCGCCGCCGCCACCGCCGCCACCUCCGCCACCUCCGCUGCCGCCAUUUUCCCCGGACUCGCCGUCGCCGGCCCAGCCGCCGCCGCCGUCCCCACCACCGCCGUCUCCAUUCCCACCAUCGCCUCCCCCUCCUAGCCCGCUGCCUCCGUCGCCGCCGCCACCGCAGCCGCCGCCGCCCUCUCCACCACCCUCGGUGCCGGGAUCCCCACCGGUACCUCCCACCCCCUUCCCCCCGUCCCCGCCACCCCCUUCCCCUCCACCCCCUUACCCUCCGCCGCCAUCUCCCCCUCCACACCCGCCUCCUCCACCGCCGCCAUCUCCCAACCCACCUUCUCCUUCGCCGCCACCGCUACCGCCACCAUCACCGCCUCCGCCGCCGUACGACGUUCUCGUCAUCCUCAGCAUCUCGCCGCCGCCGACGGGGCCGCCGGACUCCAUCAGCGCGACGGAGUGUACCCGGAUGUCCAUCACCGUCUCCAGCGCCUUCGCCACGAGCGCUGCCGCCGUCGGUGCCGUACUGCUACGAAACCUAACCUUAUCGGCGUGUCGUAAGGACACCGCUAUCAUGCGAGGCGUGUUUCGGAGCAGCGCAGAUGCGGCGCUGCUACAGCCCUGGAUAGAUGACUCGCCAGCGCUUUCGUCAUGGGUGUACGGCAUCACUGGCGGCCCAGGCUGCCCCGUCAUGGAUCCUACGAGGGGGUAUGUGGUGACGGCGCGAGUCGUCGGCGGCAACGACACACUGCUGAUCAUGUCAACGGCGGCGGCGGCGGCGAUCGAGGAUUUUUCCCUCAGCGGGACGUUUAGUACGACAUGUCCGGCGUUGGCGUCCCUUGAGGGGUGGCCGAUGCCUAAGCGGCGGAAGCUGUCGCCGCCGCCUCGGUCGUCUUCGCGGCUGGCGGCCCCCGGCCCUCACCUGCUGUGACCCUGUAGGUAUGUCGGUCCCCAGUGACACACGGGACCAUCGCGCUCUUGAGUCUGGAUUCACCGAUAGGUAUGUUGAUCAGCGAAGCGGAUGCUGCUGUUGAAAAUUUACGAGCAGCAUGAGAAAAGAAUAGAGCCCGGACUAAUCGAACAUACAUACGUGCGUCCCUUGCUAGGGAGAUUUCAACUUAGGCCUGGCUAUAUAGGCAAUAGGGACUUAAGGUAAUGUAAGGGCUGUUAUUUUAGGAGGUACUGGCGCAGUGAGGUGUCCAGACCGCCGACACCAUCGCUUCCACCGCCGGGAGGGUGAGCAUGAGACGCGGCGAGCGAAACACCGUCUUCCUCGUUUGAAUUCAUGCAAAUAUCACUCUCAUUAAUUAGAUAAUGUGUUUAUAUUUGCGUUAAUGCCAUUAAUGGACGUGUUGGUUAGGUGUCAAGGUGUUCGCCGCAUGGGUAGUGCGCAGGCCAAAUGACCCCGGAGCACAGCAAUUAUCAAAUCAGGACAUGAUAGCAUGUAUGUAACUGUUUAGCGAGAUGCUUGUGAGAUUUUCACGCAAGUCUUAGUGCUUCUUCAAAAUUGGUGACAAAUGUCUGCGCGCAACGAAUGCACCGUCGGAUCCACCCGGUGCGCCAGAGGCUAUUUACAAGGCAUAACUUGGAAAACAGAAAUAAUAGCUACGUGUUUCUUACAAUGUCUUUGCGUUAUGGCAAAGGUACGUUUCGAGAGGUGAAUGCCCCGAUGGGCGACAUGUAACCAACGAUUGCAGC